GACUUUUCGCGUUGAAAACUUUGGCAGAUUAUGUCAGUAAUAUUGGUGUUAUUACUCGUUUUUUCUGUGUAAUAACACCAUAAUGCAAAAUUUAUAUGACAGUAAAAACAAUAUUAAAGAAGAUGACGGCGAGCAUCGAAAAAGUGGCACUAAAGUCCUCUCCAAGACUACGAUCCCCAAAACCCGGACCAACACGUCAAUAAAAACUGACCACUCAAAAGAUAAAGAACUAAUUAAUAGCGGUUUACACAAACUAGUUUCGUCUUUUAACGCCAACAAAGUAGGCCUGAAAUCGUCGAAAACUGUUACUAAUAGGAAAAAUGAAAAACUGCCUCUGUCCGCAACGAGUUCUAUACCGGAUAGGCAACAACAUUCGCAUAUCACAUUGACUAAACAAGUGUCUAUAGACAAAUAUACAAUGACGGAUUUUGAUGAAAACGAACGAAAAAUUAACUUUCAGACCUCCGUUCUCAACGAACAAACAUACAGGGAUCUCCAGUGGACAGACCCAAGGCUGUUAAAAAAAUAUUCCUUGGUACAACCAUUCAAAAAAUCUUUAACAAUUCCUUACGUCAAUAAAUCGGAGUUCGGUUCCGAAAUUGUUGAGGCUACCUCUGACGACGAAGCUGAACUUCUUUGCGCCGAAAAUAAGCACUUUUUAUUUAAAUGUCUCUACUACAUCUGUACAACUUCUGUGUCUUUUAUUGGGUCUAUGUGCGGCAUAACAUUGAUUACUGUAGUUUUAUGGAAGAUGUUAGACGAAAAUCUCUUCAGUUUUCAUUUGGAAGCGCCAAGAAACGACUUAUUUUUAAGAACCAUAAUCAGAGGCGUGAUGAGUUUGGCCUUCCAACUAAUUAAUAACGUCUUUGGGAAAAUUAUGCGUUUAUUGACAAUUUCGACUAGCGAGGUUUUCGCACAUGAAGAAGAGCUUGCGUCAACAUGGUAUCGAAAACUGUUUUGAAGUUAUUGUACUUUUCAGCACCUGUAAAUUUGUAAUGAUUUGUCACUUUGUAAAUUUCAUUUGAAAACUGCA